GUAUAAUGUGGGGGGGGCAGGGGGAGGGCUGUGCAACACAGAGAAGACAAGUAGUGACUCUAUAGCAUCUUACUACGCUGAUGGACAGAGACUGUAAUGGGGUAUGUAGGGGGGACUUUGUGAUGGGGGCAUCUAGUAAACAUAAUGUUCCUCAUGUAAUUGUAGAUUAAUGAUAUCAAAAUAAAAAUAAUAAUAAUUUUAAAAAAAAGAAAUAGUCUAUUCCCUGCUACUCAAAGUGUGAUUCUCAGACUAACAUCCUUACCAUCACCUGGAAGCUUGUUAGAAAUGCAAAAAUCUCCCAUGUCACCCCCAGAUGUUGGGCAUCUUUGAAGUCCUGCUCUGUACUGCUAUUUUGCUAAAUCAGGCUCCUGGGAGGAAGACAGUCCGAAAGUGGAUUUUUAGGUUGUAGAGCUUUCUGGAAAUCUUCAUCCCUAAAGGAACAGCAAGGAAAUAUUCAUUCAAGGAGUAAGUGUGGCUGCUGGCACAGAGACAAAAUGGACACAGCUUUGGGGAAGUUUCUGGAGUGAGAUCAAGCAACAAUUAGAACCCAGCUCAUGUUAGCCACCCAUCCAUGUCUCUGUUUUCUUUUUAAAUGAAAAUGCUCAGCUCCUUAAGCAUCUGAAACAUCUUUUUUUCUGCUCAAAAGAUGUAAAGAAGUAGAUUAGUUCACUUCAGCGCCUAUCCUAGGGAAAUUACCUUGUGUGUUUUCAUCCAUUUAUGUAUAAAGCUUUAAAAAAUAUGCCCACUUUUUCUGAUUAUAAACCCAAGUCAUUGAAAAACCUAAAAUACUACAGAAGUAUAUUAUGGAAAAAGGAGGAAGUCUCUGUCAUCACCUCCAUUCCCUCAGAGAAAACCACCGAUAAAAGUCUAGUUUUCAGGGACUUCACAUUUUUUCUUUGUGUAUAUUAACAAAUACACAAAAGUAGGGUCACAACAUAAUACUGGCUUGGUUUUUUCUUUUUUACAUUCCUUUUUUAUCCUCAAGUCUGGAAGAUCCAUCAGUUAAAAUAAUUGCUUCUUAAAUAUAUUAACUUCAGCAAAAAUAUUUAAAUCCUCUGGGUGAAACAAUGGUCAUGACACUGUUUUGAAAUUUGGUUUUUAAACAUUUGCCACGCAAGCCAGAAGGAACAGCCAGAGCAAAGAAAAGGAGGCGCAAACGCACUUAGUGUGGAGGUGGGUGCUGACUGCUUUCGAACAUGUCAGAGAAGUCUGUCAUGAACAGGACAUCAUGGUCAUGAGUGAAAUGAUUCCUGCAUUUGACUUCACGCGGGUGAGCCAAGAAUUAUGGGGCCCUGUGGUCCACAAUGGAAUGUCCUAGUUUAUAACAGGAUUGCUGGAUCAUAUACACUCACAUAAAAACUGCCUGAAGCAAGGUUUGCAGAGGAAGUAACUUUGAUGUGGGUCUUGAUGUAAUAAUGCACGUGGACGCCAGGAGGAGCAGGAGCGGUCUGGAUGCAAGAAUGCAGAGCCAGGCAGGGCAGCAGGACCCAGCCUUAGAGAGCUGAGGGAGGGGCGGGAUGCUGAGGAGGGCGGGUUCCAACAGGGCUGAAAGGCCUUUGGCUGGGCUCCCUUGAGCACUGAGCUGGGUCUGAGUUCCUCUUUAGAGGCAGUGAGCAGCUUCUUAAGGAAAGAUGACGUGAUGCAAAGGUGCUGAAGGACUGGCCAGGAAAGACUGGAGCAGAAAGCCUGGAAACAGGAAGAUUCCAUUGCAGGAAUCCCCGUGAAGUGAUAAAACUACAAAUAGACCAGUGUAGGCUGGUGGGAGGCAGAACUGAGAAGGGAUGAAUCUGAGACAUGGUGGAGAAAAGUGUGCAGGGAGACAAAGAACCCCUUUUUUUAAGCCUUUAUUUACUUCUGACUUGAACAACACAUGAGCACUGUCAAACGUUUGGAAAAUAUAGAGAAGAGUAAGAAGCAAUCUUUAUAAAUCCACCAUUCAAGAAUAACAAUUGUCGGAGCAGAGACGGAAAAGCUAGUGAUAGAGCUCAGGAAGCUUGGUCACAAGGAAGUGAUGGGACAUCAUCGUGAACAGCCACAAAGUAAUCAAAGAGAUGUCUUUUUUGAACCCUCUCUAGUCCAAAAAUUUUUAGAGGAACAUGACUCUCCCGCAGAAAUUCAAAAGCGUAAAGAAAGGAACCUGGUGACUGAGUACCCCUAUUCAGGAAGGGGCUGGUCUGCUGUGGAUGAGAGUGGCGCAGUCAGAUUCUCUCAGGCAAAGCCAGUCUCACAGAGUCUCUUGUCAGUUUCAAAGCCUCCAUCCUUCACCACUAACCAGGUCACCUACCAGUCUCAGUUUUACAGUGGUCUUUGGCAUGGCUAUGCCUGCUCCUGGACCAGCGAUCCCAUGCCUUCUCUCUAUCCCUCCAUGGGCAGCAAUGCAUUCCUGGCUAGGAAUAGUGACCAGAGCUGCCUAAGUUAUCAUAGCUCCGAUUCUACCCUGUACUCCCACAGCUGGCCCAGACCUCUGGAGACACCACAGGAAGGCCAAUCUAAGAGUUCUCAUUCACUUUACUUCAGAAGUUUGGGACCAGAGAUGGAGGAGAAGAGAAUGCCGUUCCAAGAGAUACCAUCAUAUCCUUGGAGACAACAUGCAUCCCUUUCCCUGCCACAGGUUCCCUGGGCACAAAGCUCACAGGAGGGUUUCAUUGACAGCCACUGUCACUUGGAUGUGCUCUAUUCCAAGUUGUCUUUCAAAGGGUCCUUUAGCAAGUUCAGAGAAAUUUAUAGCAGCUCCUUCCCUAAAGAAUUUCAGGGCUGCAUCUCUAAUUUCUGUGAUCCUCACUUGCUAAGCAGUGGCCUAUGGGAAGAGCUCUUGAAAGAAGAUAUGGUUUGGGGGACCUUUGGCUGCUGCCCCAAUUCUGCACGUCACUACAACCACAUCCUAGAAAGACAUAUUUUGGAAACCUUACGUUACCCCAAGGCUGUAGCGUUUCGAAAAAUGGGCUUGGAUUAUUCUCACAGGUGCACCACAUCUGCCCCACAGCAGCACAGGGUAUUUGCGAGACAGCUGCAGCUGGCUGUAUGUCUAAAGAAACCCUUGUUAAUUUAUUGCCAAGAAGCUGACAAAGAUGUGCUGUACUUCCUGAAAAUGUACGUGCCCCCUGACUACAAGAUCCAUUGGCAUUGUUUCAUUGGCAGUUAUGCAACCAUCGAGCCCUUUCUGAAGUAUUUUCCCAACUUGUUUGUGGGCUUCACAGGAGUCCUGACUUACGUUUCUGCUGAGGAGCUCCGAGAAGCUCUGAAAGAGAUUCCUUUGGAGAGAAUCCUCGUGGAAACUAGUGCUCCCUACUUCCUCCCUCAUGUGGUUCCCAAAAGACUUAUCCAACGUUCCCACCCAGGCCUGGCCCUGUAUACAGUUCACGAGAUUGCCAGAGUCAAAGGUCAGUCACUCUCCCACACUUUGACCACCUUGCGUGGGAACACUUACCGCAUCUACAAUGUUUAAUCAGAGACUGCACAGUCAGGAGUCUUUCAGAAAAGAGAGACAAGUGGCCUGACAGCAUAGACUUGGUUUGAACUUUGCCUGUGUGUCCCAAGUCGAGGGUGUGUUCAGCUAACCCACUGGAACAGAAUUAGCCAGGGCAGAAUGUCUUCCUCAAAACCUCUUAAAAGGACUUCUGCUUCUAACUGGCAGGAUGGGGUGCAAUGGGAUGGGAGGAGGUGAGGGGUGAGUACUACCCUUGAGGUUAUCAGGGUUUCUCCUCCCAGCCAAAUUGUGCCAGGGUAGCCAGUAAAGAAAAAGAGUUCCAUAGAGUACAAGUUUGCUAAUGUAAAUCCCUCUCCUCUGCAGCCUGUGUUUUUGAGCAGUUGGUAGAUAAAGCCAACCUCCUACCUUGUCGUGAGGGGGGAAAAAAGAAAGCAAGCAGGGAAUGUUGAAUUUUAAGUGAGCUAGGUGAUUUGUUCUGUUUAUUGCUAAAAUCUACUUGUUAGAGGAAUUCUAUAAUCCAUAUAGUUUGUUAGAGUCAUAAAUUCAGUGACUGUUUGAAUUGCAAUUUCUUAUUUCUAAAGAUAGAUCACUAGCAUUUCAUCUAAAAGGCCAUAGAUUUAAAUAAAAAGUAGUUAACAGUCAUAAUGUGCCAGAGCACUGUAGAAGAACUUGAGUGAUGGAAGCCAAAUUGGUUGACCCUUAGAAUACCACUGAGGAGAUGAGUUUUGAACUGAACUCCCAAUGGUGGUAUAAUUCCAGAGCUCCUCAGAUAACCAAUAUAUCAACAGUUCAUUCAAAUUGCUCUGACUCAACAAGGCCCAAAUGUAUACCACUCUGAAAUAUUGUUCUCCAGAAGGACAGAAACAGAAAAGAGCUUCAGCUGUUCACUUGGCAAACAGUCGUCAACCUUGAGAAAUAACAAUGAACCUGUAUUUUAAGAGAAAUAUUUGAGUUUUGAAAUUUAACUUUGCCAGCCAAAGCAGUUACACCUAAAUCCAGAGUGCCAAUCUAUUUAUGUAAGUCAUUGUGCUUUCAGGCUAUUCAUUCCAUUCAAGUGAAUCGGUCAUUAAGAAAAACAAAAAUAGCCUAUUUUUGCACCUUUAACUGUUUUUCCAGCUUCUACAAGUAAUUUUCCACCCAAAAGUGAUGAGCUGUCCCUAUUUGUCAAUGAGAUUCAACAGAUACAGCCAGGAUAUCUAAUUUACUAACCAAGACCUAACAGGGAAAUUCCAUGGGAAUCUGUGAUGACUUUCUAGAAACAAUAGUUAAAAUAACUUCAUCCCACUUAGUUCACAUGUAGCCUUUGGGAGUGGUAGUGAGGAGGAUGGGACUGGAAGGGGAGAAAUGAGGGACCCUAAUUCCAAAAUGAAUACAUAUAUGUGUACACAAAAUGAGGACCUACCGUUAUAGAAAAUACAAUUCAUCGUGAUGUCUGUCCCAUGACCCUGCUCUACAUCAGUAUCAAUUUAUUCACAGUACUUUGAACUUGGCCUUACAGGUAAACACAUGGCUGCAGAUAUUGCAGACUUGCUACUCAUAAGCCAUUUACAGCCCCUUCUGCCUUGCCACCUUCUCCUAAAGAGACUAGAAUGCUAAAUUACUCACUGGUUCAGCCUCUCAGCCAGGAUGGCCAGAUGAGAGGUGACUCUGGUGAUCAGUGACAUGUAUGUCAAGUCUUUUUUUAAAAAGGAGAGAAAAGAGAAAACUGAGAGGAGAAAGCUUUCACGCUCGUUCUUGCUUCAUGCCUGAAAUCUGAGCUAGUGGGGGUGGGAAGAUGGAAGGAGGCAGGAUUCCAGGAAGACAUCCUAUUGAACAGGCUACCUCCUGAUAGGUUAGCUGGUAAAAAUAUGCCACAAUGCAUUUUUCAACCACUUUGUCAGGUUUUCUUUUAAGACACCUCCCCCCAUAACAAAGGUGUUUAGAUACUGAAUGAAAACAAAAAACUUUAAGUAAACAUUUAAUAAGUGAUUCAAUUAAUUUUCAAAUUUUGCCAAUACACAGGAUUCAAACUCAGAUUGCUUAGGCAAAUAUUUUUAUAUGUAUUUACUGCAUAGUAAAGUAUUUGUUGCAUAUAUUGGUAGGAAUAAAAGCAAUCAGAAAAUAAAGGAUUAGUUAAUAAAAGUAAGAGAUAGUAAUAUCAUCGAGGAAAUAUUUUGGAUUCCACAAAAAUCAUUUGAGCUACUUUAAUAAGAAAACUAAAGUGAUCUUUGCUUUUGCCAAUUGAUUGGGUGAGGAACAGUAUCUACCAGAACAGCUUCUCAGAUGUCUUCCUGUAUUUCUUAAAGAUUGUUUUGUUGAAUUUUGUUUUCACCUUUUCAUUGUGUUGGCAUUACAAAUGAACCAUAUAUAAGUAUAUUUGUAAUCCAUAUGUUAUUCAAGCUUAUAUGUUAAAUAUGAAAGUUUUACAUCAAUGUCAAUUAGUUAUGCACACUUUUGAAAUGGAAGUAACAUGAUAUACUGGUUAAGAAUAAAUCAGUGAAUGGUUAAAAAAAAAAGGAAUAACAAUUGUGAGCAUUCUGAAUACUGUUUGAGGAUGAGAGGAAAAUGGGCUCCACAUUUUUAACAGGAUGAGGCAAAUAAUUUAUCCUCCAGCUGACAGUUGUAUCCAGUCAGCUUCCUAGCAAACUGAGUGAGUCCUCUGCUGUGGACAGAGCUUCUAAAUAUGUUUCUACUGUUCAUCCAUCCUAAACUUACAACCUGGUGCUCUGCUAGUGAUUUUAAUUAACCUUAUCUUGAGAAGGUGCCCAGUUUGAUGGAUGCUUUACUUUCCAAUCCCAGAUAUUAGGGCUGGCUCCACCAUAGCUGUGGAAUUUUUUCCCUACAGGUGAGCUGGCUGUGGCAUUCUCCUAAAAUCUUGAAACUCACAUAUUUUCUUCUCUUAGUUCAACCUCUUACCAUUCCAGCCUUCUCAUCUGGACUUCUGGAUGCUAAAUUCCUCCAGUUUUUCCUGUCCUUCUGCUUUCUUGGGUGCCAAGGUGGGUUAUCAUCUCUUACUAUUAUGCUCUGACUGCCUUUUAUCCUGACCCUUCCUUUUACCUACCUGGCAAAACUGAAAACUCAGAUGACUGUUCCUCUUCAUCCUCCCUGUUACACUUAUGUGGACUGGCACUGUUGGAAGACAAGGUGGAGGAUACAAACUGGAGCCACAACAGAUGUUCGGCAAGGCCUUCACUGCCAGCCACCAGUGUUUUCCCUUGGUCUCCUGCCCCCAUUAAUAAUGACAAAUGACAUCCUUACCCUUAUUCCAUCCUUUUUCCUCCAGUCUCAGGAGAUGAAUGGAUUCCCUCCUUGUCAUCAAGUCUAACUUCCCCACUUCUGCCAGGUGACUCAGCCCCUCAACCCACUGUCUUUAAAAAAAACUGCUCCAUUAACCACCAUCUUUCUAUAUUUUCAACUUCUCACUCCCUACUGACGAAUACAACUGUUUCAUCAGCCUAUUCCUAAUCCUGUAUUCCCUCACAGUUAUCAUCCAGUUGUCCUCUCCUUCAGAGCCAAACAUUUGUUUAGGGACUACUUCAUACACACUGAAACAGUGCAGAGAAUCACAUAACAGAAGAUUUAACAAAUGUCAACAUUUUGCCAUAUUGACUCAGGUUUUUUCUUUAUUGAUAUAAAAUGCCACAGGAAAAAACUGGAAAGAUUUGUCUGCACAGCUAUUUCUACUUCCACCCCUCCACUCACUUCUCAAUCCACUGUAAUGUGGAUUCUGCCUCCACCACUGUACUGAAAUCAUUCAUGACUUUCACUUAAAAAGCAGGGCUCUGCCAGUGUUCAAUCUCCAGACCACUGCCUUUUGAAAACAAUGCUAUCAGUGCUUUUCAAACUGCUGAGGUUGUCAAAAAAGAUAAAAUACAAUGUGCAGGUUGUUCCAUGAAUCUUUUAUUUCAAUGGGUAUACUUGGUCACAUUGCAAAAUGUACUUCUUAUGUGAGUUGUGGUGUAAACAUUUGAAAGACGUUCUAAAUUAGAGAUCUUCAAAGUUUUGUUUGCAUGAGUUUAUAAUGGCAAGUUUAAUUAGCUGCAGAGAAUUUCAGGUAGAUUGUAAAAUUAUCAUUGCUAAGUAAACCUAAAAUAUAUUUUCACUGUGGUAAUUUUAUACCUGUCAUCAUCCAUUAAAAAAAUACAGCUUCUAGAAGACACAUUGCUUCCUACCUCUUGCGCCUGGCUAUUCCAUCCCUGUCCCCACCCCGGCCCUCACUGCGCAGCUGCGGCUCUGAAUUCAGAGUCCAGGCUCCCACCUCUACAGGUUACUUGGAAAUGUGCUCAAACUGGAAGGUGAGCGGAACACCGAGUGCUCCUCUUUCUGGAAGACGUUUCCCACACUUAAAGGUGAGGGACGUUUGCAAUGCAAACUACAGUGUUUAAAGGCUGAAGGCGCCUCCUCUGGACGGGAAUUUCCAAUUUUAUCUACGAAAACGCGCAACUGACACCUUGAAAAGAAGAGACUCCUAGAGGAAAUCCAAGUGGUAAUCGCUCCUCCUCAGCCCUCACCAGGAUCUCCCUG